CCCACCUCCUCCUUCGACCUGAUCCUGAUCUCUUCUCCAUUAACUUACAAUGUCUUCACCAAAGUUUUUCAAGCUCGAACAUACCUUCCAAGGGCACACAGCACGAGCCUGGCACGUUACCCCACACCCGACCCUUCCCCUUCUCUCCUCUUGCUCCUCGGAUCUUACGACACGGAUCUGGAAUACCACGACGGGUCGAUGCAUCGCCACACUCCGUGAUCAACACAAACGUUCUGUGCGGUGUUCAGCGUUCAAGCCUCCUCGGACGAACAACGGUGACGAACGGGUUGUCCUCGCAACCGCUUCCUUCGACGGCACGAUCGGGAUCUGGGAAUACGUGAACAAUCUUGAGGAUAACCAAGACGGCGAAUGGGACUGUAUUGCAACCCUUGAAGGCCACGAAAACGAAGUCAAAUCUGUUGUGUGGUCAGCAGACUCGACCUUUCUCGCAACCUGUUCCCGUGACAAAUCCGUCUGGAUCUGGGAAUCUGAAGAUGACGACGAAUUUCAAUGUCUGAGUGUGUUGCAGGAGCAUAGUCAGGAUGUCAAAUGUGUUGCGUUUUCGCCGAGGGAGAGUUUGUUGGCAAGUGCGAGUUAUGAUGAUAUGGUUAUUUUGUAUCGGGAUUCGCCAAGUGAUGAUGAUUGGACGCCAGUUGCGGUGUUGAAGGGGCAUGGGGGGACGGUUUGGGGUGUUGCGUUUGCCCCAGAUGGGAGGGUGUUGGCGUCGUCAUCGGAUGAUUGUACGGUUCGGUUAUGGCAGAAGAAGGAGAAGGAGGAGUCGAAGAUCAUCCGUACGGAUGAAGAUUGGGAAGAGAUUGGACAACUUCCUCAAGUCCACACUCGUUCGAUUUACUCUGUUGCGUUCUCUCCUAGUGGACGGAUAGCUACAGGUGGCGGGGAUGGAAUUGUUGUUGUGUAUAGGAGGAAGGAGGGAGAUGCUGAGGCUUGGGAGGUGGAGUAUGUUCAGACAGAGGCACAUGGUGUUCAGGAGGUGAAUUGCGUUACGUGGCAAGUACAGCGCGACAAGGAGGUCCUGUGGACGGCUGGUGAUGAUGGAGAGCUGAGGGGAUGGACCAUGCCGUGAAGACGUGGAAAGAAACGCUCUGGUCAUUGUGCGAAGGGAUCAGUCAGGUAGGUAGCAUACAC